UAUAUGACACCUAUGCUUCGAGCAUCUCAAGAAAAAGAUCCGUUAGUGAAAUCCAAUGAUGUGCCUAUUCUAUUUCAUCAUUUACCAACAUUGAUAGGAUUAUCUAGCAGAAUCUUAGCUACUAGGACCUCUGCACCUGAUAAACGACCUAUGGAUUUCUUAGUUCCUUCUCUUGGUCAUCAAUGGUUACAAUUUCAAGAAGAAUGGGUGGUGUUUUUGAAAUAUGCUGUUCAUUUUGAAGUCAAUACCAAAUCAAUUAAAAGGGCUUGUACUAAUGGACUUUUAUUGAAAAUUGAACAGGAAAGUUUGACAAGAAGAGAUACCAAACGCAUGGGAAUGGCGGAUUACUUGAUUGCACCUAUUCAAAGAGUGCCUCGAUAUUGUUUGUUAUUGAAAGAUCUUUUAAAAUAUACCCCAACCACUCAUGAUGAUUAUUGGGAUUUGGUCAAAGUAUUUGACACCAUGACGGGAUUGGCUAGAGCAAUGAAUGAUACUCAAAAGUUACAUAGGCGCAAAACAACCAUGGCUUAG